UAAAGUUGUUAAAACUCAAAGAGUAAACAUUCUUAUAUUUGAAUUUGACAUUGGAGAAGGGUUGACUCUGAUUUUGAACCAUGGGUUUUUUGAAUUAUAGUGUGUUUAUUUUUUGUUUGGUUACUCUUAGUUACGUUGUAGAAUCAAGACCAGGAAAAUCUACAAAGUACGGAAGAGUUGGAAGAAGCGAGGAGGAGAGUGAUGAUGAGCUAAAGGCACAAAAUAGAUUCUGGGGCUGUAUCGGUGAAUUCAAUAACUGUUUAGUGGAUGCGAGUAGAUCAAUCAGCUCAGCAUUGAAAGCAUGUCACCUUUACUACACAUCAUGCGUUGAUCUAUCGGGGUACAUUUCAGAAUCUCCAGCAGACAUACUGGCCAAUGCAGCAACUUCGAAUGAAGGAAAUAACGUAUAAAAAUACACUAUUGUACAAUUUUUUUAUGUGUUAAUGAUUCUAAAGUAAAAAAAAGAAUAAUACAGAA